ACACUGACAUUUAUCUCCUGCGUAACUCCAGCAGGCCGCUAAACACGGACAGCAACUCUCCAAACACAGCUAGCAUCAGCUAGCGGGUCCCGUAGCGCAGCGCAGCUAGCCUGCUAGUUGCUUAGCCGUUAUGGAGUGGCUGGGUAACGGAGCUUCACCUCGCCCCGACGAAGAGCCCAGCAGGGACCCGGCUUCAGCGACCACCAGGGGCUUCUGCGGUGUCUAUCCUCAUCAGCAGCAGCUGCCGUCGUCGCACGUUUGCGAUUGUGCCAUGGCGUCGCUGUGCCAGAGCCAGCAGCGCUGUGUGAAGGCCUCCAUCGUCUCCAGUUGGCGGCUGGCUGAGGCGCAGGAUCAGCUGUGUUCGUUAGGAGUCUACAGCUCCGAGUCGCUGGAGCAGGAACGCGCUCGGACUCUGGCCUGCCCCACAGAACUCACACACACUGAGGAGGAGUGGCGCCGGAAAGAGAGCAUGCUGGGCGGUCAGGAACCCAGCCGCAGUCCCGUGCUGGGAGCUGUCGGGAGCUGGGAUGUUUUUGAUAAGAGUAUCAUCAAUGUCCAGAAUCAGCCGAUAGAUAUGGAUCAGGACAAGUGCAAAACAUUUCUCCAGAAGUAUGAACAAGAGCUCAGGCAUUUUGGUAUGUUGCGGAGAUGGGACGACAGUCAGCGAUUCCUUGCCGACAUGCCUCAGCUCAUCUGUGAGGAAACAGCCAACUAUCUAAUUCUGUGGUGCAUGAGACUACAGCAAGAAGGGAAAGAAGCGCUGAUGGAGCAGGUGGCACACCAAGCUGUAGUUAUGCAGUUCAUCCUGGAGAUGGCUUCGAACUCGAAGCAGGAUCCUCGAGGCUGCUUCAGACAGUUCUUCCACAAAGCCAAAGAAGGACAAGACGUCUACUUAGAGGUCUUCCACACAGAACUCAAUGCCUUCAAACAGAGAGUUAAAGAAUACACGGUCAAAUGUAGAAGCGACACAUCCACCAUCGAGCAGCAGAACAUCGGCACAAACUGCAGACUCGACCCCAAAGAAGCAACAGACUCUUUACCUCCACAGAUGGCAGAGUAUCCUGUGAAGCGUUGUUUAGAGGCUGGACUUUGGACAAGCACAGGGCGGUGGACAAAGGACGACGCCACAGAGACAGACGACAUACGCAUGAUGGAGACGUCUUAAGGAACGUAGGCUCGGCCCCUGCUGUUCUUCCAUCUCCAUCGUCUCUCCCCGUUUUUAGGAACAAAAUGAGUUUGAAGCCCUCUUUACGCAGCAGCAGCAGCAGCAGACCGGGCUGCAAAAAACGCUAUUGCAGAGCAGGAAUAAACGGAGACGCUGCAAUUUUCAAUGGAGAGCCGGCAGGAAACACGUGUGUCGGUGUUGCCGUUAGCAUGUCGCUGUGGUUGGCGAGUUGGUACCUGCAGUGUCUUUUGCCAGCUGAAUGCAUGUUGUGCCAUAACCAUUGUUUUACAGAUGGAGUUCUCACAUCCUUGAAGCUUGUCUUUUUUUUGUUUUUUUUUCUUUCUUCCGGAUCAGAGGAACAUCCUGGCUUAAAAAAAAAAAGCAAAACAAACUGCACAUUUUAUCCAGACAACAUAUGGAAUACUAAACCUGUAUAGUCUCUGGGCAGUAGCCAGUUGUGAACCAAAUCCAUGACCUGAAGCAGGGCUCAGGUCAUUUGAGAAGGGUUGUUGGAGGAAUCGUGUUGGGUUUGAGAGGAGUUUAACUGACAGCUUUGAAUCACACGAGAUACAGGAGGGUUUAACUGAAGCUGAAUAUUUUAUAUGUGCAGUAUUGGAAGCUGUUCCGGGUCAAAAGGUUUGAUCCAAAGCUCCAGGAUACAGUGAGGACUGUAAAAGGAAGGUGUUUUUAGGUAGGAGUGAUUUAAAUCAAGGGAAACACGCCUAUAUUUAGGAACUUCUGAGCAUAUUUGGAAUGAAGUAAACCUGAGACGAAUCUGUUUGCCUGAGA